AUGGCUUCACAAUUGCUACACAAAAGGUUGGGGUUCACUGUCACUCGCCGAGAUAUACCACGUAUCAUUCAAUCAAAUUUCCAACGAAGCUUAGGUCCUAUUGGAAAGUAUGUUUUAAGGACGUCAGCAUCGUAUACCAGGCCGAUAGUAGGUAAGCUUUCCAAUAAGAGUCUGUUGUUGGAAGUAAAGGGAAGCGGAUCAAAGGAGGAAAUGGUCGACGUACUUUGGUGGCAGAGGAGAUGUUUCAGUGCAUCUCACGAGGGUCAUGUGGAACAGCCAGCACCAGGACUGAGCACGGCGUCCUUACGGCGAGAACUUCAAGCUUUCGCAAACGAUGACACGAAUUCCAGCCACAAGUACACUGUGGCACCAGGCAUGUAUUCCAAUAGCUUUACUGAGUGUGGCCGUGUUCGGGUUUGUUAUGGUGAAGACUUCUCUCUCAACGCAUACAAUGCCAUAGCAAAAGGACAGAAAAUGCUGGCCACUGAUUCAGAUAUAUUCCAGUUCUCCUGCACUGGCUGUGGCGGGUGCUGUCGAUCAUACUCAAACAACAUCAUGCUAGAUCCCCACGACGUCUUUCUUGUGAGUCGCAGCCCAAAAUUCGACGUUCACCGGUCGAGCUGUGCUGACGACGAGACAACGCUUUCGCUCACCACAAAACAUAGCACAAAUGAAACGACGCCAGAGAGAAAAGGGGAGGGCAGGGGCAGAAGAAACAAGCACGCACGCAGGAGAGAUACGAGCAAGGCUACAGCUAGUACUCACAGCACCAGGGAACGCAUGGGCAAGACUCGUCGGUUGAUGAUGGAGUGGGGAGACGCGUUUGAACGGCGGUCGGGUGUGUUUAGCGAUAGUACCGAUGGCGGUGGUGGGAGUGUGCCACUCUUGUAUCUGAAACCGCGUGUGGUGACCAAGGAAAAGCGUGAAGCGCCUGGAGACGUGCACACACCACAUACCGGCAACGUACACAAUCAAGCACAAAAAACUCACCAGUACGAUGAUGUACAAGAAUCUCCCCACAAAAGUGCUGUGGUAGACGGCGAGUCAUCCUCCAGUGGUUGGGAUGACAUCAGGCGGGAAGAGGUGUCUGCAACUGAUAACGUGAUAUGUCGAUUUGCAGUGCAGGUGCCGGUCUCUGCGGAACCACUUGACAAAACAUUCACACCACCCACACACACCAGCAACACCCGGCUAUCCGACAGGGAUGAAAUACAGUCAACUAGUGCUACACACUCAGGCGAGCACGAUGGUAAACGGCCGGACACCACCUUAACAAGUAAUAAGGGGUGGAGGUGCUCCUUAGGGGCAUCACAUAUGCCAUCAUCGUGUGCGCUGUAUCCCCUGGGUGAGUUUGUGAGUGUCACUACCGAUUCACGUGGUCGGAGUGUGAUCAGCGAUGUGACAGGCAGUGGCCACGGGGACAGUGCACUGUUGAAUCUGUAUUUAGAUGAUGAUUCGGAUAUCGGUGUACUUGAAAACGAAGCUGAAGCCCAGAAAUCGCACGCACACCACGGUGAUUUUGAAGAGGAAUCCGGUGAUGGAAAUAUAAACGACUACAUUGAUGAUGAGAGGAGGAGGAUAGGUGAUGAUCCAAAUGAAUGGGGGGCACGCGGGCGGGCCGCAUUAGGUAAGACCGGGACGGGUGCCAGACAAAACUUUUAUACGAUAGACACUCAGUUCUGUGAAGGUGUACAGAAUGUGUCGCAGCUUUCGCGCAAUCAGCAUCACGCAGCCGAUGAUGCCGACGAACAUGACAAUGCACAAGCAGCACAAAAUACAAAGGCUGCACACGGGAAUAAUAUCAACACGCCCCUGUCGGACUACUUGAAGCGCAACACCAUAUUGGACAGAAGGAGAGAGUGGGACUGGUUCAGGCAUGCGCUCGCACAUUUCGCUGAAAUGGAUGAGAAGUAUAUGCAGGUCGUGCUCACGCCUUCGAGUACAAGGAAUGUAGACAUGCCUUCGAGCAGGCGGGACAAUGUUGUAUCUAUGUCCGGACAAUCUCCUUUGCCGACAGUUGCGACCAUAAAUGCAGAUGAUUCCAUCGACAAAUAUGGCAACAGUGUGGAAACUAUAACUCCGGAAGAGCUGGAGCAUAAAGAGGCGCUUGAUUCACUUAUGAUGCAAUUCCAAGGGGCGGUACAAGAUGUACUUGCUAAUGCAUGGUACGACUUCGAUUCAUAUCAAUACAACGAAUUGAUUGAACCGGACAACAGCGAAGUCGAAUAUUCGGUGUCUACGGAUAGAAGCUCAUACGAGAUCAGUGAUAUACGCACACAUAUAACGACAGAUGAGGGUUUCAAAUCAAGUAUCAAGACAAACCUGAAAGCAGGUGCCGAUGGGCAAAGUACUGCCGAACCUGAUUUCAAGCAGGCGACUCAGAAGACCGAGUGGCUCGCAGUGAGGACUAAGAUAUUCGCACGCACGAAGGCACUUUCGCACUUACUGCAGCAUGGAUUACAAUCACUUGAGCGGGUGCGAGAGAGCCACGAAAAAGAGUACAAUGCUAUGCAGGCAUAUCUGGGUCUACAAGAUCGUGAAAGUACGUCUGUUCGUAGCAGGGCGCAGAGUAGGAAAAGUAGGAAAGUAGGAAAGAAAAAGCGGAAAUCUGAGUCACGCAAUGGUCAGGAUGCUCCAAUGUCUAAGUAUCUGUCUGUAGAAGCGGUGGCGAACGAGUUGGAUGACAUCCUGGGUAGGCUCUCAGAGUUGCCCUGAUCGCACAUACGUAGAACGUUACAGCCAUUACCUCGCACGCUAAAACCCUAAAACAUAUAUCUUGGGGAGCUAACCCCACAAUCACGAAUCGCAAACAAUGAGUGCACGAGCGACAAUUCAAGCAUGCAGAGCCCAAAGUGACUUGGCUUGGUAUCUUCCGCUCGUAGCGCUAAUUUAGGAAGCUUCUGGAUACGACUUUAUGGCAAGUUUGAAGUGUUUGGCUACUGGUCAUGCUCACUUGCAAGUGUAUGGGAGACAAUUUCAUCACUCGCCACAAGCGUGACAAUUUGGCAAAGACCUCUAUCGUCUAUACCUUCAUCGUCAUGGACGGCUCCCUCACUGCCUUAUUAGAGCGGCUCAGGGCGAGCUGCUGCAAUUUUCACCCCCUCUGAGGCUCUAAUGUACCUCGUAAGCUCGUACUUCUGAAGUACUGAAGGCCAAAUAUCGGUGGGAAGUUUUGGAAUAUAUCCAAUGAAAUCAUUAGAAAAAUCAAAGAAAGCAAAUAAGUAUUAAAAAUACCUUUGUAC